UUAUAUAAUAUAAAAUAUAAUAUGAGAAAUUAAACUAUACCAACUUCGCCUCUCGCCAAGAGUUGUAUUUUGGCUCUAUAAUACCAUAUUAAAGCCAAUUUUGCCAUUGUCUGGUGCAACUCACUGGAGAGGGCAAAACUGCCGCUGCACGUACUGCAAUCAGGCUGAGAGGUUCGGGCUUCAGGUUCAACCUUACGGAUACUCAAAUAUUCUCAAAAACUUCGGGUUCAUCUCUCUGACAACGGAUCAGUGUGUAACCUCGCUUAGUCCAAGUUGAACUUUCUCCACCCGCAUUCCAUCAAGGGAGGAGUGGACCGGGUGCAACACUUGGGGACAGGGCUUAGUUAACCUGUUCACGGAUGGAUCGAAGUUGGAUAGUAGGGUUGGAGAAGAAGUAUUCUGCAAAGAGCUCCCCAUCAGACACAAGUUCAGGUUACCGGAUCACUGCAGGGUGUUCCAAACAGAGGAAGCCGCAAUCAAAGAAGCAGCUGAUUGGCUACAUACUUGCGUAAUAACUGUUAAGAAGUGCACUCGAAACUGGUCAGGGAAUGCCUGUUUUCACUCUCGAUUGCAUCAGAAUUCUUUGAGAUAAAGCUAAUCUGGCUACCUGGUCAAAGUGAGCGGAAGAGCUGAGGAGACAAGGGACGUAUGAGGUAGUGUCCCGCCAAAGGAGAGGAUCGGGAUCCCCUAGACAACCUGUGCUCUACUCCUGGAACGAUGGACUUCUCGUUUACUAAGCGAGCGCUGGGCAAGUACACAAACUUGUACAGUCGCCAAAUCCUUCUGGCCAUGUGUGGAUCGGAGGGACUAGGGGGAUAUUCUGAGGAUCACAAAAUCUCAACUUUCAAAUUAAUUUAUACACAGGUAUACAUGCUGUGAGACUCGGAAUUACUUCGGGUACUGUUUGUGACAGCUGUAUGGAAGAUGACGUAUGAAGAUGAAAAAAUCUGAUGGACUUCAUCAGCAGCAUAAAGCGGCUACUAAAGUCGCAAAUUAGUCACCAUUCGUAAUACACAAAUACUCGUACGUAAUACUCAACCCCCUCCUUUGUUUGCGGUGAUGUAAACUCUCGAAUCGUGCUAAUCUUAUCCUGGUUUGGAGAUUUUCUCUCCUCAGAUAACAAAAAUUUUUAAAACUCUUGACGCCCCAUACGCAUUUAUCGUUAUUAAGAAGCGUGUUAUUGUUUUUGAAAAUUUUCAGUACCUGGCUAACGGCAUUCUCAUGUUCUAUUUCGGUAUUCCCAGAAAUAAUGACGUCAUCAAUGUAAUUUAGUGCUUUCUCACACGGUAACAGCAACCUCUCCAUUAUUCGCUGGAAAAUUUUUGGGGCAGAGUUGAUUCCAAACAUCAAUCUUUUAUAACGAAAGAUUCCCUUGUGAGUUAUGAAAGUAGUAAUAUCACGACUUGUUUUAUCUAGUACUAAUUGGUGCUAUGCCGGCGGCCGCCGUAGCCGAAUGGGUUGGUGCGUGACUACCAUUCGGAAUUCCCAGAGAGAAUGUUGGUUCGAAUCUCGGUGAAACACCAAAAUUAACAUUUUUCUAAUAGUAGUCGCCCCUCGGUAGGCAAUGGCAAACCUUCGAGUGUAUUUCUGCCAUGAAAAAACUCUUCAUAAACAUAUCUGCCGUUCGGAGACGGUUUGAAACUGUACGUCCUUCCAUUUGUGGAACAUCAACACGCACAUCACAAAUAGGAGGAGGAGCUCGGCCAAACACCCAAAAAGGGUGUAUGCGCCAAUUAUAUUUAUAUAAUUGGUGCUAUGCCCAUUUUAAAGCCAGUCUAGAGAAUAGUUUUUGCCCCUCUCAAUUUUGUCAUGAAUGUGUUAAAAGUUGGUAAGGGAUAAUUCUCUCGAAGUACAACCUUGUUGGCUUGUCGCAUGUCGAUGCACAGUCUCACUUCACCAUUUCCUUUAAAAACGACAACUAUGGGUGAGAUCCAACGAAUUUGGACUGCUUAACAGUCCUUUUUGCUAAGGAGAUUGAAACGCGACCUAGAAUCAAUUAUCAUCGCGUUGCUUUGCCCUCCUAUACAGCAUUGAAUGACAUCAUCAUUCAUGUCAUUAAUUUUGAAGCAGUUAAAAUUUUGGUAUGUAUCUUCUGAAUUGGUUUCUUUCUCUCCGAUAAAUCACAUCCUCGACCGCUGGAGUCGUGGCUGUUCCGUGUUGUCGUACUCAAAUUCCUUCGCCUUGCGCUUUCGGCUCUUCAUCUAGUAUUUGCGAGCAAAAUGUUCUAUACGCCCACAUUUGUUGCAUUUUUUGAUACCUUGCUGGACAGUUGAAAUUCAUACUCUUAUACCUCUUCUAACCACACCAUACGUAAUCGUCCUCUUUAUGCCUUGUCCAUUCCGAAGUUGUAGUAAUUCAAUUAACUGUGUCACUCUCCGCAGUAUUAUACUUUGCGAGUGUUGGUUAAUUAGUUCAUACAUCUAACAAGCACUGAUAACAUCAUCAAAGCUUUCUUCUUUUUCCAACAGCUUUUUCAGUUCUAUAGGCGCGUAUGUAGCGCGCGUUGCGUUUCAUUAAAGUCUUCACCUUCAAACGAAUUUAAGCCAUUACAUAAAUGUCUUUCGAAAGUCGAGUUUCGCUUAGAAGAAAAACACUCAUUUAAUUUGCACACCAAUAUUUCAAAUACGUCAGUUUCUUUUCCCAGAGCUCCCGGAAUGUUAUAUAUUACCUGUUGCAGUUGUGGUCACCUACAUGAAGGAAUUUAUUUUCUUCUGCUAGAAGUAUAAAGUGAGAGACCGAAACCAUUUUUCCAUCUCCGCAAUCUAAAUAGUUUCCACCGUCACAUUUGCAAUGCACUCCAAUUUGCCGCAAUUCGAUGCGAUUUCCAAUUAAAUGUGUCGUCAAAUACAUAAAUGAAUAUGCACCCGUAGUCCACGAAAUUUCCUAUAGUAUUCCAAUAAUAUAUUUUUAUUAAAUAAAUUUUUCUUAUUCUUGGCGCUUCAAUUUGUUCCUUUCUUCAACGAGGUGAUUUUUCGCCUCUGUAAAUGAGAAAAUAAAAGCAUACCGAAAAGUUUUCAAAUUGUAAAAAAUAAAAAAAAAUAAAAAUAAAUACAAACGCUCCUCGCCGCUAUUGUAUCAACCCAUACUUACUUACGAUAUAUAUGUAUGUAUAUUAAAAUAAACACCCCAGAACUUGUUAUUGUAUUUAUUGUUACUGUAUUCACUUGCUCUUUGCUGGUGUUCUCCACAUACAGUACUUUCCAGGUUAUGGAUUCUCAAUUUUAAUCUGCAUUUAUGUGCGCAUCCCUGAAGCAAUUUUUGGCUGUUUUUCGCAAUGAUGUGAUUCAGUUGUGAGUUUCAAAAUUAGCUUUUGAAGUGUAUAAGCUCCUAGGUACGUUUUUUGAAUCUGUUUAUCAUAUUAUUAAUCUAUAAAUAAGUGUUGUCGAAGUAAAAGAGGAAUAAUAAAUACUUAAUUUCUGAGAGAAAAUACAUAAUCAAGCACAUUCUUAAUCCAUCUUAAAAUGUUUCUUAUCAGCCUUUUCAUUAUAAAUAUACUCAGCACACUAAUAUACUCACAGCACUGCACACACUCGUUGUCAAUAUAGAAAAGGCCCUAAAUCAAAAAGAAAUAGCCCUAUGUUCCUUUAUGGACAUAGAGGGAGCCUUCGUCAACGCAAAUUACAAAUCCAUGGAAACAGCACUCGAAAAAAGAGGUGCAAACCCAAUAUUAACACACUGGAUAAGCCAAAUGCUUAAUCAGAGGAUUAUUAAAGCUUCGUUAGGCCAGCUGAACUUAAUGUCACAACAGUAAAGGGAUGUCCGCAAGGAGGAGAUCUUUAUCCACUGCUAUGGUCCCAACUAGUUGAUGACUUGGUGCAGCACCUAAACAAUAAGGGAUUUAUAACCAUUGGUUAUGCAGAUGACAUAUCUGUUAUAAUAAAAGGCAACCAUGAAAGGACACUAACAGGCUUAAUGCAAAAUGCCUUGAGCGCAACAUGGGAAUGGUGUAAAAAGGAGGGGCUGUCGAUCAACCCUAACAAACCACAAUAAUCCCCUUCACAAGAAAAAGAAAGUUAGAGUUUCCUGCAUUGAAAAUAAAUGAAACAGUGAUAGAACUAAAGGAAGAGGCCAAAUAUCUAGGUUUAACCUUAGAUAAAAAACUCACUUGGGAAUCACAUAUAAAUAAUAUAACAAAAAAAGCCACGAAAUCCUUGUGGACAACCAAACAAUUACUAGGGAGAUCCUGGGGCCUCAGCCCUAGUAUGGCCCUCUGGAUAUACACCCAAAUGGUUAGACCAAUCAUACUGUAUGGGGCACUAGUAUGGUGGAGCAAAUCUAUCCAACAAACAGCGAUAACCAAACUGGGAAAAGUGCAAAGGCUUGCUUGCCUAUGCAUCACAGGGGCUAUGAGAACUACCCCAACUGGCAUGGAAGCACUCCUUAAUCUCCCACCACUUCAUAUAGCAAUACAAGAGGAAGCAGCUACGCAAGCACUCAUGCUACACAUGAAAGUAAAUUUCAAAUUGGGCAACCUCACCGGUCACCUAAAUAUCCUAAAUAAAAUCAAAAACACCAUAAGCAUGGCUCAAGUUUCAGACCACAUUGACCCAACCCUCUGUUUCACAAAAGGAUACACAGUUACCUUUCCUGAGAGGAUCGAGUGGAAAACAAACCCGAAAUGGAUGAAUGAUGAUUCACAUAAAUGGUACACUGAUGGAUCAAAAACACUUUAUGGUGUAGGAGCAGGUGUAGUGGGGCCCAGAAUCCACAAAUCAUACACUCUCACCAGGGACACCACUAUCUUCCAAGCGGAACUAUACGCAAUAAUGGAAGCAGUAAACAUCAUGCAACGCAGAAACCACAAGAGAGUAAAGAUUAAAGUACUCUCGGACAGCCAAUCAGUUCUAAAAGCUUUAGAUAACUAUACAUACAACUCAAAAACCCUCUUAGAAUGCCACAAGGCACUCAAUAAUCUGGCAUCCAAAAACAAUGUUUCAUUAAUUUGGGUACCGGGACAUGAGGGAUAUGACGGCAACGAAAAGGCAGACUUUCAAGCCAAAAAAGGGGCAGAUGAAAACUUCAUCGGACCUAGUCCUAUGUUCGGAUUCAACAAAAACAACCUAAAACAGAAAGUAAAAUACUGGGCCAAAACUCUAUUAAAUCAGCAUUGGAACAAUGUAGAGGGUCUUAGACACUCCAAAAAGUUCCUAAGUUUCAACGCUAAAAGAGCCAACAUGGCCCUCACGUUAAACAAAAAGAGCAUUCGCACUCUCACAGGCGCCCUCACGGGUCACUUCACCUGCAACAAACACUUACAUAAAUUAGGCAUAACUAACACCAGCACCUGCAGAUUCUGCUGCGAAGAUGAGGAGUCUAUGGAACAUCUCAUUAUCGAAUGUCCGGGGUUGACGCAUAGAAGGAAAAGAUUUUUAAACAAGUUCAUGCUUGCAGAUGAAGACCUUCAAUCACUCCCUCAGAAGGAUCUGGUACAAUUCAUAAGCAUACUUAACAGUCAAUAGACAGCAUAGGGUGCACAAUAGAUCAAUAUGGUCGCAGUGCUAAAGGGCCACACCUUAACCAUUUACAACCAUUAACCAUACUCAGUAUAUGCCCGUAAAAUAUUCAUAUAUUCGACUGGGUGCUCAAAUAAUUAUUUUACAUGUGGUGUAUUUCCCUGCUGAUCUGCUGCAGAAUCUUGAAAGUUUUUGGACGUUUUAUCAUAAAAAUUUGCAUAAAAUUUUCAAUACUGUAAGCAGCAAUAUUUGGAAGUGCACCCAUAUCUUCUACAUACUUUCGCAAAAGCAGCAGUUUAUGUAGUUCAAAUGUUAUACUGUAGUUGGAAAAUUGUGUACAAAACGCUUAAGAAGUUCCUCCGUCAUAUCUAAAUUAAAGUUAAAACUUACAUGUAAGAAACAUGUAAUAGAAAAUAUUUAUUAUUCACUUCCCAGAGAAGAUUUUAGUGCUAAUGAACAUUUUUUUACUCUUAUAAAAUUUGACAAUUUCAAAGUGCAAAUUUAAUUUUUUGCUCCAUUUAAGGUUAUGCAAGAAUAUUAAAUCUUCUUCUCUCAACUCUUCUUAAGAUUGAAAACCUUCUUACACAUUUUAAAAAGCGUUUGAACUUUCUGAAUGCAAAUUAAAACCAUAGAGGUGUAAUCGUUUCUUCCGGUCAUCAAUCCUUAGUGAGACAUAGGACAUUAAGAGUUGUAUUCAUUGUAAAAAUAAGCCACAAAAGAAACCAUACUGACAUUUUUACAAAAAGAGUACCUUAUCUAGUUACAUAACCUCAAAUAUAGCAAAAAAGUCGUUCCCUUAACAAAAGAGUCUCGCUUAACAAAAAAAAAACUCAUAAAUUAAAUUGUACAUAAGCAUAACACAUUUAUUAAAAAAAAAACGCACAUUCUAAAGACAAUUUGUCACGCAUUCAAAGAGCUUUAAGUAACACAAUAAAAAUUUCGUGUUUUAUUUUCUUUAAAUGGGCAUUUUAGUACGUUUUUAUAUCCAAAGCUAGGCAACACUGCAAUAGCGAGAGAGAGAUUUGACUGCUGAAAGCAGAAGACACCAACAACAGCUGCAAUCGCGGGCAAUGCUACCAGAUGUUAAAAAAAAGUAAAGCUAAAUAAAACUGAGUGAAUUAUUGAACUAAUUUUUAAAAAAUGUAUAUUUUACAAAAUUAUAAACAUUACUUUUAAUUAGAACAGGCUAGAAAAAUGUCAUGAAGAAAGAACUAAAACUCCGAGACUAAAUAACAAAAAAAAAAAUGCUAAAUCAAGUUACGAAAAUGGUAUGGGCCAUACUGGAGCUAAAAUCACGUAACUCGUUGUCAAAUUCGCAGAAAGCAAAGUAACGGAACCACGCAAGGCGCCAUCUCAUUAUUCUCUCCAUCGGGUAGUAAACCUUCAAACUGGAAACAUUUGAGUGCUUCUUGUUUCUGAAAUAGUCGGAUAGAAAACCAGUUAUCAAGGUCUCCUCGGAUACAUGGGAAAACUUCAAGAUAACGCGCGAGGGCAUAUGCAGACUGGCUGUUACAACUCUACAAUUAUGUGGACAGACCAAAAAAUAAAGAAACAUUUAAAAGAACUAGUUUGGUGGAGAGAUUCAUUGGUCUGCAGCCGGCAAUAGUGCAUUCACAUGCAACGGAGUGUAUCCUAGCAUAAGAAAGCCAUGUGUCGAUUUAGUCAAUAUGUUGAAGGAAAUACUAUCAAUUACUAAAAUAGUUCUUUUUAUUUAUUGAAAAUACUUGAAGUUGGACCGAAAACUAAGAAUAAAUAUAAUGCAAUUUUCAAUUUAACGAUUGAGUGAAUAUUUUUAAUCAGAUUUAAGAGAUUGAGGAAUCACAGGGUAAUAAUUUAUUAUUCCAAAUAGUGUAAAUGUAAUAGAAAAAAUAAUAAAUACACUUAAUCAAGAGGGGCUGUUUUAGAUUUAAUAAUUUUAGUUUAGCAAACUAAUGUUAUAAGUUUAACUAAUUUUGAAUUAAUAAAAUUUAUUAUUAUAAAUAAGUGAUAAUUUUCUAUAAGAUGGUUUAAAAGACUAAUACUUGCUUUCAGUCUUGUAAUGAUGUAUUUACUGUAUUGGUAAAUACUUAACAGAGAUACAUACUUUCAUUAACAAUAGUUAUAGAGCUAUGAUUAGCACUCUAAAUUUCCGAAAAUUAAUUAUAAAAUAAUCCAGAUCGACUUGUUGAAAAGUUAAUUUGAUGUAGUCAUCCAGACAACAAAAAUUAAGUAAAUAUUACAUUUAUAUUAAAGGAAAGCAAUAGUGUUUUUAUUGUUUUGUUUCCAUGUAGAUGGAAUCUAUAUUGCUCAGUUUUUCUUUCAUUCUUUAUUCCAUUAAUUGCUACUUUGCGUACUUUGUUACUACCUUUAGGCAAGAAAGGGGAAACUUUUUUCCCUCUUUCGCAAUCCUUCGUAAAUGCAAUCCAAUAUAAGGAACGAAGAGGUCAAAAUUCCUUUACCUAACCUUCUAUAAUUGAAUCAUGCAUAUAAAUUAUCUACUGUGAAUCGCAUUACCAGAGCAGUAUAGUGAGUUCAUGCAGGGCUGCAUUGGAGUAAAUUAUAAAUAGAAAGAAAGCAUUAAGGCAAGCGCUUUUCCCUGGCUUCUUGGUAAGCCUCCUUGAAUCGCUUGACUUAAGAGGGCCUUGCUAGAUAGGAUACUUACAGAUAAUUGGGUAAAAGGGGUUUUCUACUGGGAAUUACAUGAAAGUAUUCGAAAUUUUUAUCGAUUAUGUAUGUAUAUAUGUAUAUAUAUAUAUAUAUCUAUAUAUAUAAUGAUAAUUGACGCGUACACCCUUUUUGGGUGUUUGGCCGAGCUCCUCCCCCUAUUUGUGGUGUGCGUCUUGAUGUUGUUCCACAAUUGGAUGGACCUACAGUUUCAAGCCGACUCCGAACGGCAGAUAUUUUUAUGAGGAGCUUUUUCAUGCCAGAAAUACACUCGGAGGUUUGCCAUUGCCUGCCGAGGGGCGACCGCUAUUAGAAAAAUGUUUUUCUUAAUUUUUUUGUUUUUGUUUUUCAUCGAGAUUUGAACCAACGUUCUCUCUGUAGUCACGCACCAACCCAUUCGGCUACGGCGGCCGCCGUAUUUUUAUCGACUACAGUAGUGAUGGGCAAACUCAGCACAUUUGCACUGUGCGGCAGCGUGUGCUUCUGCGUGCUUAAAAGUGCUAGGUAAAGGGGGAUAACAAAGCACAGGGAAGAAACGGAAAAAUUGAGCGAGUUGUGUCUGUGUUUGUAUCCUGAAUGAGAGAGCAAUUAUUCAUGAAUUCUUACCAGGGAUGCCAACUUUUAACUUCAUAUCAACAAAUUUCUAAAAAAAUAGGUUUUUUGGUAGAUUUUUCUUCAAUAACUAAAUUUAAUACAUAUUAAACUUUCUAUUAUAUUGUAAUAAUGAAUUAAGAUAAUGAAGAACAAUAAACAAGCAAUUAAACAUUUCAAAAGUUCGCGUAAUACUGUUUUUUAAUUGCUAGAUGUAAGCAGAUUAAGACCUCUGAAAAUAUUCAAAUUGGAAUUAAAUUAAAAUCUUACAUAUUGGAAAGCAAUGACAGUUAAAUCUUCAAUAAUAUUGAUCACUGCAUAUACUGACGAAUCUGUAAAUUUUUCACACUUAUCUUAUGAUUACUUAAAUGUUUUUUGAGAUCGGAUAUAUUUUUUUAAAUUGAGCUAAGAAAUCCAGAAAAUCCAAUUUUUUAGCAAAUUACUUUAUAAAAUUGCAAACUCUCUUCGACUACCGAAGUUUGUCAAAUGUUUCAGAAUGUUUAGCUACUAUAUGAUACCAUUUUUUCUUUUAUUUUUCAUAAAAAGUGGACGUGAUAGAAAACUAAUUUCGCCUAUCUAAAUCCAAUACACUCUGAAAUGCACAACUGCAAAUAAAAAUAAACAACCAAUAGUAUAUACAUAUGUAUAUAAAUCAUGAAUAAUAAAAUCAACAAUUUCCAAAAUUGAUUCCCACAUUUAACAACUGCGGCAACUCUUACUCAUAAGUUUUGACAUUUCAUAAAUAAAAGCAGUUUUUUCGUGAUUUCUUCAUUUUUCGACGAUAUUUUUUAAGACCGUAAGUUACAUACUAUUGUCGCAUAAAAAACCACUAAUAUUAAGUGUAUUUGUAUGGUGUGGAUGUAGUGAAAGUGCUGAAAAUUCUAUUUAAAAAUUUGAAACGGCGAACGUCAAAACAAAGUGCACAGUGUUCAACUGCAGACAAAAACAUAAAUUUAUUUCUAAUGUGUAAUAUAUUAUUCUGUUUUAACUUUUAAUUUAGAUAAGCAAAGUUAAAUAAAAUAUUAAAUAUAAAACAUUUGGUUCAGCAUGACCUCAAAUAAAAGAACAUUGUUUCAUUUGAAUCCGAAGUGGAGUGUAACUUUUUUAUGCAAAUAUGUAGACGGAGAAUCACAAUGCCUUGUAUGUGAAAAACGUGUGGUGUGUAAGGUUUUUAACAUAAAGAGACAUUAUGAGCUGCAAAGGAAUGAAUAUGAUGAAUAUGUAGGAGAAGAAAGGAAAAGUAUAUACAAAUCCUUAAGUCUAAACGAAGAUCCCGAUUCGAUGUGCCAAAUUACAGAAGGUCGGAAAAAUUCAAAUUAUUAAAAUUUUUUUUUAAUUUUUUAGGAAAGCGAAGAUUACGUUGUAGAUGCAAAGCGUGCAACUUAUGAAAUCGCGUUAAACCUUUCUUUUGAGAAUCGUGCAUUUUCGGAUGGCGAAUUGGUGAAGUCUUGUAUAUUAUGUAUUUGACAAAAGUACAGAUAUAUCCGACAUAGCCCAAUUAGCGAUUUUUAUCCGAGGAGUUGAUGCCCACCUAAAUAUAUGUGAAGAACCUUUGGACAUUAUUCCAAAGAAAGGGACGACUAAAGGUGAAAAUUUAUUUCAAUGUGUUAAUGAAUGUACUGAACGCAUGGGUGUAUC